GGGAACUUACUGGGAAGCUCCGCCCCCUUUGGCGAAGCCACGGAGUCUGCGCCUUCCCGCGACCCGUAGCGCGUCGGAGCAGGCGCAGAAGGGCGGGGCGGGCCGCGCGUGCGUUACUAUGGAGCCGGAUGGUACUUAUGAGCCGGGUUUCGUGGGCAUUCGGUUCUGUCAGGAAUGUAACAACAUGCUGUAUCCCAAGGAAGACAAAGAGAAUCGCAUUCUACUUUACGCGUGCCGGAACUGCGACUACCAGCAAGAGGCCGACAACAGCUGCAUCUACGUCAACAAGAUCACGCACGAAGUGGAUGAACUGACCCAGAUCAUCGCCGACGUGUCCCAGGACCCUACGCUGCCCCGGACCGAGGACCACCCGUGCCAGAAGUGUGGCCACAAGGAGGCGGUGUUUUUCCAGUCGCACAGCGCCCGGGCCGAGCUCGAUGGAGCCACGAGCAAGACACCCCACAGCUCGAUGGAGCCAUGAGCAAGACACCCCACAGCUCGAUGGAGCCAUGAGCAAGACACCCCACAGCUCGAUGGAGCCAUGAGCAAGACACCCCACAGCUCGAUGGAGCCACGAGCAAGACACGGGAUUUCUUUGGGGCCGGUUUCUGAUGGAACUGGAGGCAUGGAGGGUCUAGGUCACAGCAAGCCCUAUGGUAGGGCUGUACUUGUGGCCACAUGAUGCCUUCCUUUUCAUAGGGACUUGGAAUAAAGGGGGCUUUUGUGGUCCUGAGGACCC